CAGUGUCGACAUCAGUCAGCUUCUGUGGCCGCCCCUGACAGCCCACUAUCUGUUCCAACAUGCGUGUCGCUAUCCUGGCAGCUCUGGUGGCCGCGGCCGCGGCCGCCCCCGGCCUGGUCGGCCGUGGCGCCGGUCUGGUCGGCUACGGUGCCGGUCUGGUGGGCCACGGCGCUGGCCUCGUUGGCCGCGGCGUGGUCGGCCACGCCGCCAUCGGCGGUCUCGGCUACGGCCACCUGGGCGUCGGCAAGGCUGUGGCUGCCGUGCGCCCCGCGCCUAUCGUGCACGGCGUUCAUAAGGCCGUCGCCGUCGACUACGCCGAGCCGCGGCCGUACCACUACCAGUACGCCGUCGACGACCCUCACUACGGACCCAUGUUCAACAAGCAGGAGGAAGCUGACGGUGCCGGUAACGUUGUGGGCUCGUACGCCGUCAACCUGCCCGACGGCCGCACCCAGAUCGUCAAGUACGUCGCCGACCACUACAACGGCUUCAACGCCGAGGUCAGCUACGAGGGCUACGCCCAGCACCCGCAGGUGGCUCGCGGCUACGGCUACGGCGGUGUCGGUGUCGGCGUGGGCCUGGGCCACGGAGCCGUGCACGCCGUGGCGCCCGUCGUCAAGCCCGUCAUCAAGACGGCCGGUCUGCUGCACUGAACGCAGCCGAUGGCAGUCGGCGGCAGCGCCAGCAGCUUUAAUGUACGCAUGUGUGAAUGGUGUGUCUGAGUGCACGAGGGCAGGCCCCCCUGCUCUCAAGUGGUCCGUUGUCAAGUGUGUGCCCUACGUGUGCUUAUUUAUUUGUGAGCCGCGGUCUUGCAUACUGUGUGUAAUAUACAAUAUUUUUCAUG